CAUCCUUAUCAUCAAUUACCAAGGUUUCUCCACGGCCGAUUGGAGUGAACAUGUAAAUUCCUUCCCAGUACAAAAUAGAACGUAAUUCCCUGACCCAGUUCCCUCCACACUCGCCAAAAUCUGCAAAUAAUUGAACUGUACAAAAAAAGCACCCUAAGAAAAUGUCUAAGCUCUACAAAACCGUUAUCACUGCAUGCGACAGAUAUGUUCCUAACAAGUUACGUCCGCUAUGGAACCACGAAGCUGGACCAAAAACAGUCUUCUUUUGGGCCCCUUUCUUCAAAUGGGGUUUGGUGAUUGCUGGACUAGGUGACCUUGCUCGGCCCGUGGAGACCCUAUCCAUCCCCCAGUCUGUAUCCCUGGCUGCUACCGGCAUCAUCUGGUCGCGGUACUCUCUCGUCAUCAUCCCUAAAAACUAUAGCUUGUUCUCUGUCAAUGUGUUUGUGGCUUGCACUAGUCUGUACCAACUCAGUAGGGCUGUGAGACACGCGCAAGAGCAGAAAAAACUUAAGGAGAACUAAUGAAGUUGUAGCAGUCAAAUCUCUGUGUAAUGUUAUAUCGACAAACACGUAGCUUCACCUCCUUUACAACUGAAUCUGUACUGGGAAAGGGAUACCAAAAAAAUCCAGUCCUACUUUAUUUUUAUAAUAUUUUCUGUGCUCGAUUCCGAAUUUAAAACUGUACUGGGUAGGAAAACUGUUAUUACAGUAUAACCCAGCCAUAUUUUAUAUUUGUAAACCUUACGACGUAACGUUACGCACGGGUAUUAGGGGUAGGUUGCACCAUUCAUUCCAAAAUUAUAAUUAAAUAAAAAAAGACGCGGCCAAAUUUUCUCAGUGUUGCUCAAACUGUGAUGGAGUCUGUUGAAAUUGGUAACCAAUGUCGAGAUUCACUUGAUUCGACAUUCGUGUGACAUUAUGGCUUCCGAUAAAAUUUCAAUCACGCGGUCUUGGGUGACGCGUGACCUACAUAUGUCUGUUAACUUUGAAGAGAUAUUGCUAUAUCAGUCAUUAAUUUCUUUUUUUUUAUAAAUAUUAGGGAAUGUUUUAAUUUUUAUUUUUAUAAAACAGUUUUCAGAAUAGAAUGGUGCUUCUUUAGUUAGAUAAUGAAUCAAUCUCAGUGGGUUAUUAAUUAAGCUAUUUAUUUAUUUUUCUUAAGAAUGUAUACGCUCAAGUCCUUUUACUUGAGAUAUAGUAUUAGCUCUAAUUAAUUGUCUACAAAAUUGAGUGAACAUUGGUGACCUUAUAAUGAUUAUAUAUUUAGGUGCUUUUGCCUAGUAAUAUACCCGACACAUUGUUAAAACACUUGUUAUGAAUAAACUAAAUUUGAAAACUCAGGGUUUCACUAAAUCCUUCAAAAUUGUUAUUGUUUAAACAGUGUUCCACUAUGUACGUAAACCUAGUUAUUAGACACAUCAAAUAAAAACAUACCAAAUAAAUAAGUAAUAUAUAAUCGAGCUAAUCAUGCACAGUGUAAUAAGUAGAUGACCUUUUUGACAUAAGUCAAUAUUUUACUCAGUAAAAAGGAUCCUUAUAGUACAAACUAAUAUAUACCUUAAUUCCCUAUCAGAAGGUUUUCUUCAUAGUAUAUCACAACUUGUACUGAUCAUGAGAUCUCUUUUACAGUUUAAAAGAAUAAUCCAAUGACUGUGAUCAUGUGAAUCAUGUCUAUGUCUAAGUACUGUCAUUGUUUACGUUAUUUCUGACAUAUGUAGAUUCAACAUUAAAUUUGUAGUACUAUUAUAUCCUAGGGGUUGUUCAAACCUGUGAUAAAGAGUAUAAUGUAUGCUGUGUUAUACAUUCGAUAUACAAUGUUGAAAUACAUAUCAUUACUUGUGUAAUAUGUGGAUCAUUAAAUCAGAUUUUUGUAAAUGUUGUGUAUUUUUGUAACGUUUUUUCUGAAGAAUAUAAUGUUUUGUUUGUAA